AUGGCCGACUAUUCUGCUGUCAAGCCUGCCAAUUCUGCGCCACUCACCGCCAAGGGAACCGAUGUGCCCUUUACGACGCUUCUUUUUACUCCGCCGCCUCGAAAAAGCGAGCCGGAUUCGUCGUCGACCGCAGAAAGUGAAGAAACCAUCUCUUCUAAUGAGGCAAGCGACUACUUGUCUCUCUUUCCGGCUUCAUUUCGCACCGGCCAAUACAGAGAAGGGAUUAAGCCCGUCCACCAGGACAGCCUCGGCGACUUUCUGAAACAGGAAUUCUGUCUGAACCGUCUGCAUGACAUACACUCCAAGCUCUGGCGAGUGGGAUAUAGGAGAGCCGCAAGGUCUCUGACCGCCCAGCUUCUACAGGGGCGAAGGAUGAUUGUGCUUGCCGAGAGCCUAGACAUGCACCUGGUCUGGGAUAGUGGAAAGAUUUAUAUCAAACCGCUGCCGCGCUACCUUUUGGAGCCUGCGAUAUGGACAAAGUAUCUUCCCAACAAGAAGCAUCAGGGGCAGGCUUCUCUGGGAGUGGCCGCCAGUGCUCCGGUGGCGAAUAGCAAACCGUCCGAGGCAGCGGAUACGGGCGAGAUACGCAAGGCUGCGCUGGGGCUGCUCUAUAGCUAUGCCUGCCUCAUAGCCGACCGUACCGACUUUGAGCUCGCCCUUGAAGAAGGGCUUUUGCCCAAGUUUUUGGACCAGCCGAGCUGGUCAAGGUGGCGUGCGCUUGCAACGGAGAUUUUGGGCUCACAGAUUACUAGCGAGAUGCACCCGCGGUUCAAGCAUGGCGAGCUGAGACUCGGCAGGCUGAACUGGAUCUACCUUUUCAGAGACAUGCCAAAGUUUAAGCUGUAUUUUGAGCCUUGGAACAGUUAUACGGAAUUUGUGUUUGGAAACAUGGCCUGCAUCACUGCCGUCACAGUCUACAUGGUCGUCGUGCUGACUGCGAUGCAGGUGGGCUUGGCCACGAACAAACUAAAGGACAACGCGUCGUUUCAUGAUGCCUCGUACGGAUUUGCCGUCUUCUCCAUCUUGGCGCCCUUGAUUGCCGUGCUACUAAUUGUGGUGGCACUCCUGGUUGUGCUGGUCCCCAACUGGAAGAGCGCGCGAGCGGCAGUAGACACGGCCACGGAUACGGCGUCGUCUCGCUCUCCGGCCGGGACCUUGGGAGAACAGAAAGUUGCCAAGGCAAAUCAACCUGCAGCGGCGACUGUGACUGCACGUUGGCUAGACGGAAGAGACAGUAUCGCAGGAUCUAGUGCUCGGAGUUGUGGCGGUGGAGGAAGACAGACAUCGGGAAGAAAGUUGACCGAUGGAGAAGAUGGCCAAGUAUGA